AUGGCCUCUCUUCUAACACUCCACCUUCUUAUCUUCUCUCUGAUUUCCUUCACUACAGUAGUUCUACCUCUCCCUUCUCUUCUGUCGAUCAAUUGCACUCCACCAUUUCAAAAAGCUCACCAGGUCCAGAGUAGUAGCUUCACGCAAUGCCGGCUCGAUCUCACUCCAAAAAACUGCACCCUCUGUGCACAAAAUGCCAAACAAACCAUUUCCAAUCUCUGCCCAACCGCCGACGCCGUUUCAGCUUGGUUUGACGGUUGCUACAUCGAGUACGACCACAACAACAGCACUACUUCUUCUCUAGUACAUCUCGAAAGUACUGCCGCCUGGUUCUGCUCACACCAAGCCACUGCUGUAGACCGGUCUGGUCAGUUUGAACUAGUUCUCGAGAUAUUGCUUCUACGGCUAAGAUCUGAUGUCAACCUGGCUACUCACCUUGGAUUUUCAACCGGGGAGAUCAAAUAUGGAAAUGGUAGUAGCGUUUAUGCACUUGCCGAGUGUGUCCGCUACUUGUCACCUAAAGAGUGUGAAGUUUGUGUAGGAAAAGGAAUUGAGAAGCUUUACAAGUAUUGUGGUGGCAAAGAGGGAGGCACUGUAGUUGCUGGUUAUUGCACUGUCCGCUAUGAGAGCUUCCGGUUCUUUUCCGACCUUGAGAAUGCCGGUGGACCAGAUUCCGAUGGUGGGUCCGGAGCUGUUCCGAUCAGGGAGAGUGGGAAAGGUGGUUGUAUAGGAUUUAAGGUGAAAGCAGCUUUGGUUUGGGGGGCAGGAAUUGUUUGUGUUGCUUUGGUUCUUCUGUCUGGUUGGUUAAUGAGAAGAUCAGUUAUCAACAAAGCUAAGAUAUCAUCUUUUGGUGAUGGAGAUGAUGAUGAAUUGGGAACUAAAGGAGUUGUAUGA